CCGUGAGCUAGCGGGCGGGAGACCGCGGGCGAUACCGGCGGCAGCACCGGAGGCAGCGCGGGCAGCGUACUGAGCGGAAGGGCAGCCCCGACGGCUGCAGCCAUGCUCGUUGCCAGCCUGGCGGCACUGGCCCUGGCACUGCGCCUGACCCGGGCAGUGCGGGGCGCGCCCUGCGAGCCCGUGCGCAUCCCCAUGUGCCGGUCCAUGCCCUGGAACCUGACCCGCAUGCCCAACCACCUGCACCACAGCACCCAGGAGAACGCCGUGCUGGCCAUCGAGCAGUACGAGGAGCUGGUGGACGCCAACUGCAGCUCGGUACUGCGCUUCUUUCUGUGCGCCAUGUACGCGCCCAUCUGCGCCCUCGAGUUCCUGCACGACCCCAUCCGGCCGUGCAAAGCCCUAUGCCAGCGCGCCCGAGACGACUGCGAGCCUCUCAUGCGCCUCUACAACCACAGCUGGCCCGAGAACCUGGCCUGCGACGACCUGCCGGUCUACGACCGCGGCGUGUGCAUCUCCCCCGAGGCCAUAGUCACAGACCUGCCAGAAGAUGCAAAGUGGAUAGACAUGACCCCAGACAUGAUGGUACAAGAAAGACCUCUUGAUAGUGACUGCAAGCGCCUAAGUCCUGACCGGUGUAAAUGCAAAAAGGUGAAGCCCACCCUCACGACCUACAUGAGCAAGAACUACAGUUAUGUGAUUCAUGCCAAAAUUAAAGCGGUGCAAAGAAGUGGCUGCCACGAAGUCACCACAGUGGUGGACGUAAAGGAGAUUUUCAAGUCCUUGUCGCCCAUUCCCCGGACUCAGGUGCCUCUUGUGACUAACUCUUCCUGCCAGUGUCCACAUAUCCUGCCCCACCAAGACGUCCUCAUCAUGUGCUAUGAAUGGCGUUCAAGAAUGAUGCUUCUUGAGAAUUGCCUGGUGGAAAAAUGGAGAGACCAGCUGGGGAAAAGGUUUAUACAGUGGGAAGAGAGGCUACAAGAGCAGCUUCGAACAACGCAGAAGCGACCUGCUGGGCGCACCAGCCGCAGUGGCCCUCCCAAGCCCAAGGGAAAGUCCCAGGGUCCCCGGCCUGGGGACCCUCAAAAGAGCAUCAAAGCCAGGAGCGCCCCCAAGCGACCAAAACCCCAGAGGGUGUGAGCCAACAGUUUCCCAAUCAAAGACUUUCAGCCAUGAUGGGUCCCAAGCAUCCUUUGAGUGUAUGCCCAAGACCAUGCACCCACCACCCUGCAAACGCGGUGCGGCCUCAGUCCUCUGCAGAUUGUGUUUCCUAGCACUUUACUAUCCAAUGAUUGCUUUCUCAUGCUUAGCCACUGCAAGCCAUAGCUCCAGGUUGGCACCUGCAUUGGUAUGUGAGGAGGAUUUGAGCAGAAAGGCAAAGCUUCACAUCACCAAAGCAGCCACAUAAAUAUUCUAUCAGUUAGUAUGUGAUGGCUGAGAGUACAGCAGAAGGGCACUCCUGUUGCUGGUGCGGACGGAGAGUGCAUAUUGAUAGGACUGGUGAGGGCUCCAUAUGCGUGUGGUAAAAAUGCCUCGUGUGCCAAACCCUUUAGUUUGUAAAAUGUAUCUUACUUCAGGCUGGCUUCUACAGUUAGGAUUUUAACUGUAGUCUAUAAACAUGACUGAUGACUGCUUGUUUGCAAAAGAAGCAAGAAAUAGGAAGGAAUGAUGCAAUAUUUCAAAGAGCUCUAUAAGGUGUGGUGGGUUAUUACUGUUUUCAAUGUGUAAUGAAAUUGUCCCACAGUUUUAAGAAUCAUGGCAUUUCAGAGUGGAAAGAAUGUCAGCCGCCAUCUCAUCGAACCAAUAUUCGAAAAUCUCACCAUAACAUUCCCUAAAGGGGGUCAUCCAGCUUGAAGAUCUCUAAUGAGGUGGAACCCUUCCCCCCCCAUCCUGAGGCAGUCCAGCCUAUGCUGGAAAAACUCCAAGUAUUAGAAACGUUUUGACUAUUCAAAGUAAGGUGUGGUAGUUUGUUACGGAUAAGCAACCUGGCUUUCAAAUCUCAUUUUGGCCCAAAAACUCUGAGAAGAGGCUGGUGACUCAUCCUGAGGCAUCAGCAGAGAUGUCUUGGGUUGAAAUCCCACCUGAACUGUUUGCUGCCUCUGAGGCCCAGGGCCGUGGAUCUGCGCAGGGGUAGGGAAGACCCAAGGAAGUAAAUUCAAUUAAACCAAUGUUUAUUACACACCAAAUGUGUGGGUUUGAUAAACACCCAUGGCAGAUCAACUGGAAAGUUUGUCUCAGAGUCUAGAAAGUUCUGUGUCAUCUCUGACACAUAUUGGCUGUGUGACUUCAGAUAAGUUACUCAACCUUUCAAUGUUCUAGAUAACUAUAAGAUUCCAAGUCUUAGAGAAGAUACUGAUCUACAUGGACAGAAGGAGCUCUUACCCAGAUGAAAUUAAAGAUCUAAUCCAGAAAAAAAAAAUGUGCCUGGCAGAGUAAUAGGCACUGGAAAUACCAAGAGGAAAAUGAAAUCAUUCCUGCCUUCAAUGAGUUUACAUUCUCCUAUAAACAACCAGCAUCUCUUGAAUACCUGCAGUGUGUAAGGUUCGUGUUCCUCUAACAUUCUUCCCUGAGUCGUAAGGGCAAGCAAUCUCCAUGAGGCUGGCUCCAGCUUCCUCCCCCAUCACGUGAAUGCCUCAGUAAACUAAGCCUGGCUACCAGGCACCUGAAAAGAGGCAGCCCCGAAGCGGUGAUUUCAAGGCCAGACAGGAUCUUUGCAACUGCCGGAGCUCACAGUGGCACCAGACCCUGCAUGGGGCUGCCAUGUGCAUAGCUGGCAGGAAGUAUACCUGUUCUCCAUCCUCACCUCCCCCAGGGGAGAGGAAAGAGCCCUUAAACCACCUCACAGGAUAAUUUUUAAAAAUCGUUUGUGAUAGUGUCAAAAGUGGGAUUCAAACCCACAUAUCAGCACACUGGAGUUACAUAGUUUUUCAAUGAAAAUGCCCCAAAAGAGACAGACCCUCCCUGUGAUCCUGAUAUACUGAAAGGGGGCUCUGGAGGACAGGGGAAGCAAUGGUCUGGCCCAGUAAAGGAAAGUUGAGUGUUUCAGUGAGGUGACAGUAUAGCCACUAACCAGAGUCAGGUGGGGUAUGUCUUUUUGGACCAGAAUCUCUGAGCUGGAAGAAACUUCAGUGGCUGUCUCACCCAUCCCAUAGUUGAAAAAGAAGCCCCACCCACUCAAACAUACCCAACUAACCAGCAGCCAGCCCUCCAGCCUCUGCCUGCUAUUUCAUUGGUAUAGUAGCUCCUAAUGAGGAAAUGGUUGGUCACCUUCUACCAGGGCAGACGGCCUGGUCUGCUGCCCUGGAGAAUCUCAAGGGCCCAAGAAGGACCUUGCCCAGGACAUCUGAGCUAGUAUGUGUCACAGAUGCCAUGUGUCACCUUCUCAUUAAUUGUUCUUCAGCUGGCUGUCUUGGAGGUUAGGUGCCUGAGCCAGAAUCAUACAACCAAUAUGCAUUACAGUUUGAACCCCAAAUCUUCCUGCUCCGAGGCUAGCUUUUUUCCCACUGCACCAGGAUGCCUUUCUGGGCAACAUAAUAGAAAUUGUAUAUUAUUGGUUAAAUAUAUUAUUCUUUUCUAUUCCUCGAAUGAAUUACUGCCAAGGGGAUUUAGUACUUUAAAAGGGACAAUUAAAGGGAAAAAGAUGGGACUAGA